AUGAGCCACGUGGACAGCCGGCGCGCCAAGAUCCAGUGGGCGCCGCUGAUGCCGCGUCAGCCCGUCGAGACGGCUGGCUACGUCGGUAGUGUGUGGGGCCAUCGGCCGUUCCUGGCGUAUACGGAACAACAGCUAGCUUCCGCCACCCGCCCACUGCUUGCGAUCGAUCUGAUUGACGAUCGGCACCCGGUGCCGGCUGCCCUGUGUUGCCUGCCACGGGAACUGGGUCGAAACGCGCUUCGAUAUUCCAUGGUGCGCCAACUGUGCCACCCGCGCCAAGUUUGUCGUCGGUGGCGCAGAAGUUCCCCCUGUCGUCAUCACGCCGGCUGCGAAAGCCGUCUUGAGUUGAUUGUGUUGAACAGCGGCCCCGUCGACCCGGAACUGGCCAAGCGGCUCCGCGUGCAGCUGGUUUGGAACUGCCACGCGUGCUGGGUGGCUGAGCUCGGGCCGAGCAUCCUCAACAAGCUGAUCGCCGAGCGUUGCCCGAAGCCUGAUGCCCAU